GAUGACGUGAAUCUCCCGCGACAUUAUUUAUGCCGCUCCGUGAGUCGCACAGACACUUGGCCGGGUCCGAGGAGAAACGUUGCACCGACACAAGCAGCGCCGUGUGGAAAUGACAGUGUGUAACUUCUUUCUUCAGGGCCGAUGUCGUUACGGCGAAAAAUGUUGGAAUGAGCACCCGAGAGGAGGAAACAGAGGAGGAGGAGGAGGAGGAGGGGGAUACAACAACGACUACAGCCGCUCUUCCCAGCAGCAGCCCAGAGGAGGAGGAGGAGGAGGAGGUGGUGGAGGGUAUGGAAACAGAGUUUGGGUGAAUCCUUCCCAGCAAAAAGGAGGAUAUAUCCAGCCGUCAUCCUUCUCUUCUCGUGGCAGUGAUGACUGGGGCCGAAGAGGAGGAGGAGGAGGAGGAUCUGACUGGGGCAGAGGAGGAGGAGGUGGAGGGAGAAAAGAGAACGCGAAGAGCUCCGAAUUCAGCUUCUCCGCUCAAAACAGAUUCUCAGCGCUGGCUGCCUCCAGCACCUUUGACAGAGGAGGACGAGGAGGAGGAGGAGGAGCACAGCAGGUGGCAGCUGUUGAUGAAGAUGAUGACAAAAAACUGGAGAUCAUUCAGAUGGACAUGGACAUAUGGGAGAGUUCGGGACAGUGGGGCUUCUCGUGUUAUUCUAGCGCCAAGACAUCUUUGUCUGGUUUCACCGAUCUCUCUCCAGAAGAGCUCAGACUGGAGUUUUACUCCACGAGUGCUUCGGGAGAUCUUCAGGGCUAUCUUAAUGGUAUCAAUCAGUUGCUCAGCCAGUGGAGAAACAGAGUCCAGGAGCUGAAAGUUAUGGGUCCCGCCACUCGUGCAGCUGUGCUUGCAGAGUUAAGCAACCCAGCACCUCAGUCAUCUUCAAGUGGCUUCGAUUCAGCAACAGCGACCGGAUUCGGAUCGUCUACGUCCAGCUUUGAAAGCAAAGGCUUUGGGGCACCAGCACCAGCACCAGCCCAGGCCAGCGCCUUCAGCUUUGCUCCAAGUGGUGGAUUUGGUUCGUCAGCGGCACCAUCAUCCGCCACAGGUUUUGGCAAUGCCUCAGCAGCUCCUACACAACCUUCCUCUGGGUUUGGUUCCUCCUCUGCAGCCUCUUCUUCCUCUUUCUCGUUCACUGCUUCGAACACCAACGCACCCGCAGCCACUUCAGGAUUUGGCGCUGCCUCAGGGUUUGAUUUCUCCUCGACAGCAAGCACCGGAGGAGGAUUCGGGACGGGGUUCGGGGCUCCUGCUGCACCAGGAAACAGCAGCAUUUUUGGACAGACAGGGUUUGGAGCAACCGCUGCUCCACCUGCAGCAGGAGGCGGCUCUGCCGGUGGAGCAUCGGACAGUCUGUUUUCACCUGAGAGCAAACUGACUCCAGAGGAACUGAAUCAGUUCAAGGCUAAGAGGUUCAUUCUAGGCCAGAUCCCUCUGAAGCCUCCCCCAGCCGACAUGCUGAUGGUAUGAUGCUGUGGGACGCAAGAUUUUUGAAAUAAAGAGAUAAUUUAUACAAAGUAAAGACUUUCUCCUGUAUAGCGCUUCUAUUUAAACUAAAGUCAUUGAACUAUUUUUUUAAGAUAUGACUCGUUCAGAUUCUUCAGAUCAAUUUUGGCCAUUUAAGAUUUGUGUAUAAGUAACGUAUGCUGUACGUACAGCUGUUCAAAUACACUACAUAUUUUUACAUUUUGUCCUAUAAAGUGCUAUUUUUGAGAUGAUUGAAUGUCUUUCAGCUUGGGCUCUACUGAAAUCAGUUUGCCAGUUUCACAUUUUACCAUUUGUUGAGAUUCAGCCUGUAAAGUGUCUUUUUUGCAUGAUUAUGUUAUCAAACACUCUCAUCAUGUAAACUAACUUACAACAAAACAAUAAUAAAAAAAAAAAAAA